UGGGGGAAUCGGAUCGACUUGGGGUUGCGGGGGGCAGGUGCCGAGGGUGAGUAGUCGACCCCAGCAGGCGCGACAGUCCGCGGGGAGUGAGACGCGAGAGAGGCGGAGAGGGGAGAGAGAGGGGAGAGAAGGGAGAGAGAGAGAGGGGAGAGAGAGAGGGGAGAGAUUGCCAUGGCCACGGGUCGCCUGGAGGAGUUGGAGGCGCGGGUCCUGGAGCUGGAGGCGACGUUGGCAGCGGAGCGCCGAGCGGCCCGGGGCGGCGAGAGUCGACCCCGCAUCGCGACCAUGAGCGCGGAGGUGGUGGACAGCAACCCCUACAGUCGGCUGAUGGCGCUCAAGAGGAUGGGGGUGGUGGACAAUUACGAGCGCAUCCGCGACGUGGCCGUGGCGGUCGUGGGCGUGGGCGGCGUCGGCAGCGUCACGGCCGAGAUGCUGACUCGCUGCGGCGUGGGGAAGCUGCUGCUGUUCGACUACGACAAAGUGGAGCUGGCCAACAUGAACCGGCUCUUCUUCCAGCCGCAGCAGGCCGGCAUGAGCAAAGUGGAGGCCGCCGAGCACACCCUGCGGAAUAUCAACCCGGACGUGCAGUUUGAAACGCACAACUACAACGUCACCACCAUGGGCAACUUCCAGCACUUCAUGGAGCGAGUGAGUCACGGGGGCCUGCAGGAGGGCCGGCCUGUCGAGUUGGUCCUCUGCUGCGUCGACAACUUUGAAGCGCGCAUGGCCAUCAACACGGCAUGUAACGAGCUGAGCCAGGUGUGGAUUGAGUCGGGGGUGAGUGAGAACGCUGUGUCCGGCCACAUCCAGCUCAUCAUUCCUGGCGAGACGGCCUGCUUCGCGUGCGCCCCUCCGCUGGUGGUCGCUGCCAAGAUGGACGAGAAGGCGCUGAAGAGGGACGGCGUUUGUGCCGCCAGCCUCCCCACCACCAUGGGGGUGGUGGCGGGCCUCCUGGUGCAGAACGCGCUCAAGUACCUGCUGGGGUUCGGCGAGGUGAGCCGCUACCUGGGCUACAAUGCCAUGCAGGACUUCUUCCCCAGCAUGGCCAUGCAGCCCAACCCCACGUGCGACGAGCGCUACUGCCGUGAGCGCCAGCGCGAGUUCCAGGCGAAGCCCCGUCAGGAGCCUCCUGUGGCCCCACAGGAAGAGGAGGCGGCCCCCCUGCACGAAGACAACGAUUGGGGGAUAGAGUUGUUGGCUGAGACGUCAACGGAGGCGGGCGAGGAGGAGGUGGAGGGGAGUCCGGGAGUUGUUCUUGUGCCAGGGGUGCGACUCGCCUACACCAAACCUGCACAGGUACACACACAGUUGGCUGAAGACGCUGAGCCCUCCGUGGAGGAGACGGAGCAGAGUCUGGAGGACCUCAUGGCGCAACUCAAGGGGAUGUAGGCGAGAGUGCACGAGGCCACGGCCUGGCACCGGACCUGCACACCCGGGAGCCCAGUCAUGGACCCGAAUCGCAGAACUUUCCGUCCUGGGACCUAGAACCAUAGAAACCCAGGAAUGCCGCGUUCCUGAAACCCUGGUACCUGGAAUAACCCGACCUUGGCGAUGAACCCAGACCACAGAACCUUCUCUCCGGGCAGGGACUCGUGACCUAAGACACUCACUGAGCUUGGAAGAUGUACGUGUGUACGUUGAACUUCUUUCGCACCGUACGUAGCCAACCGUGCUAAUCCGAGGUGCGGGGGAAGGACAACAAACUAAACACAAAAAGCAGUUCUAAAGAGCUUGAGACCCAUGACCCAUCACCUGGAAUCACUGGUCUGGUGCUUGCCAAUCAACCUGGAAAAUGAGACCUUGCAAGCUGGGGCCUGGUUUCAUGGAAACUUCACAGGGAACUUAGGACCUUAGGAUCUGAGCAAUGAACCUAGGCCUCAGGACCAGAACUGGGGUCAUUUAUAAUUCCAUUUAGAGCAGCAUUGUUGAUUAAAAGGAAAAUUGCAUUGGUCAUUGUAAUAUGUUGCGGAUUACACAUUUACGUAUGUUGACCAUCUUUCACACCGUACUUAGUCAACAAACUAAACGUAAAAAGCAGUUCCAAAGGAACGUGUUCACAAUUUAGACGUAAAAGUGCAAAACUCCAGUGGCUUUCUAAUAUCGGGAAGAAGAGCAUUCCAGACGGCCGCGGAAGCGCUUCUGGAAGCGCCACGCGAUGCGGUUGUCAUCUUUGUUCGAUGGUCAGCCAAAAGCCGUUGCUGUGAAUUGUAAUUGAUUCCAGGUCUGCUCAGCACUAGGGCACCUUAGGGCCUUCGGAUUCAGUCCCUGGCACCUCGUACCUGGAACCUCGUUCCUGGAACCUCGUGCCCGGAACCUCGUACCUGGACUCCAGGGAUCGUACACACGAGGUCCUCUAUUUUCGUUGUUUCGCUAUAACGUCGCCAACAAAUUUACGGAACGUAAUUCGACUUAAAAGGCGUCGAUUUCACUCGGAACGUUACGAACAAUCGCAAGAUAGCGCGGGAGGUUAUGCAGCGUACGUGACGAGAGUGACGCCAUGGCACCAACAAAUUAGCGCUCAAUCCUCGGGUGUUUUACAACGUCGCCAUUCUCUGCACGGCGCUACCCUCCAAACGCAAUCUCAGCCACCAUCUCGGCCGAUAAUUCUAUCUUAACUUAUGUAUUUAAAGGUGUUAUGUAAUACCUCGGCGGGUGACGUUUUUGUAACCCGUGCAACUUUAUUCGACACAAAAAGCGACCCCUCCCAAGGAACCUAUCCUACAUUUAUAUCAUCAAGUCAACGGUGGUAAAAUGAGGCCUUUAGAUUUCCGUGGCGCCUGACAUCGCCUUUUUUUUCCGGGGACGCGUCAUCCAACAUAAACGGAGGACUCGCUGCGCCCGGGGAGGAGAUCUCGACUCAGACCCAAGGAGUCUAGAAUUUAGGAACCUCGGAUCUGGAACCAUGGGACCUCGACAUUGAACUCAAACCAAUUGGACAGAGUCCCUCCUAAGUCCAGGGACCCGGUCCCCUAAUCCCAGGGACCUUAUAAAUCCCAUGGAGCCCGCUGCACUCGGUCCUUACUGCUCCCGUGGCGCACGCAAUCAACCGUGCUGAUGGAAUGAUGAUCGUCGUCAUCAUCCGUGAUCGAUCCACUGCUGGAUGCUCUUCUUAAGCCGUCGCCAUCUUUCGCGGUUCUGGAGUGUUACUACCCCACCUACCUUAAACAACGGUUUACCCUCGGGUAGCUAAUGUCCAUUCCCACGCUCGUGUCAUUUUAAAUGUAAAUCUCGCUACGAA